AUGGGCGUAUAUUCGCUGGUCGCCGCGCUCGUAUGCCUAUUGGCACUUCUCAAUCUCCAGGUCCAGGGACAUCAACUUGAGUCAAGGGAGCUUACCAUAGCCGACAUUCCCGCAUGUGGCCUUCGAUGUCUCUCCCUGGUGCUCCCUUCAAGUCGAUGCGAAGGAACCGAUAGUGACUGCAUCUGCGCGAGCGACUCCCUCGAGUACAACGUUGCUGCAUGUCUAUUAGCCAACUGCACGAUGCAGGAUUCAUUGGACACCUCACGCGUCCAAGGCGACCUGUGCAAUCUCUCAGACGAGUCUAAGACUCAGGGGGUGAUCUUUUACACGAGCAUAGUCUACUCCAUUGCUUUCCUGUCUGUUGUGCUGAGGGUUGCUGGCAAAGCUGUGUCUAAAAGGCUUGCUUGGGACGAUGCCGUGGUGGUUGCGGCACUGCUCUUGACCGCCAUACCACUCGGUUGUGUUAUCGACAUGGCCUUGAAAGGCUUUGGGGAGCACUUGUGGAACUUGGAAGACGGCAAAUUGCUACCAAUCGUGCGCAAUUUGUACAUUUCGUGGUCAACCUAUGUCGUUGUACUGUGUAUGAUCAAGAUCUCAUUAGUCUUGUUGUAUCUCGGGAUCUUCAAAACGCGCAGAUUUCAGAUCUCCGCAUACGUGUUCCUCGCGUACUUGGUCGUCAACAGCUCCGUGAUCUUCUUUAUCAUCAUCUUCGCUUGCAACCCGGUCCCCUCGUUCUGGAAUCGCGACAUCAAGGGGAAAUGUAUCGACAUCCAGGCAGCGGCAUAUGCCAACUCAGCAUCCGCCAUCGUACAGGACAUAAUCCUCUUGAUACUGCCUUUGGUCUUCAUACGCAACCUACAGAUGAAGCGCCGUCGCAAGAUCGCAGUCGGAACCAUGUUUAUCAUUGGUACAUUUGGCUGUAUCGCGGCUAUCAUGCGACUGCCAUCCCUCAAUACGUUCAAGAUGUCCAUUGACCCGUCUUGGGACUACGUACCGAUCACAGUAUGGACCGAAUUCGAACUAGCAGCUGGCUUUCUUUGCGUGUCUCUGCCAUCCAUAAGAGUGCUUUUUUUCAGGAUGCUACCGAAGCGCGUCAAAGACUGUCUUUCAAACAUCGCCCACCAUUUUCGCAACAGAAGCGACAAGAGGAGCCCUACACCACAGCAGGCGAUACCACCCGAGCAGCGCAAGUGGAGCAAGCCAAAUUCAUGGAUCGAUAUCUCUGCAAACACCACUGGUGUAUCCAACGAGAGUAUGGGCAAAGAUCUUGAGCCACUUACAUUAGGCUCUGGCGUACGAGGAACCUUCAUGAGCGCUUUCUGGAAUCGCAGCUCCACGCAGUCCACUCGCUUCUCUGAGUCUCGAACUGGCCAUGAACGGCUGGGAUCAGCUGUGAGCAUCUACAGUGUGUCGGGCAUUGCCGUGACCAGGCCUCCCUACCACGAGCAGAGGAGCAACAGUCCGCCCGAUGAAGUCGCGAUGUUGACCGUGCAAACGAAAUCCAACAGGCACAAAAGCACAUCCGAAGAGCAGAUCACAGCACUCCCUCGAAUCUGCUGCAUUCCGAGAGUGUCUGACUCGCGAAUUGACGUGAUAAAGACGCAACCGAUCCCUGCAGCGCAGUGGCAGUACCAUGAGAAGGACAUGGUGUGA